AUCUUCCGGCACCAUCAGCAGUUUUCUCCUCUCAUCUCUAAGUAGCUCUUUAUUUAUUAUUUUCACGCCAACUUGUCGGCACUUCACCGGCACUGUUCAGAUUCUCAGAACUGGCUUUCUCCCUGUGGACUGUCCGCACCAGACACUGAAGACACCAGGAGUCGACUCAGAGUGCACUUAAGGCUGUGAGGGCUCUGGCAAAAGCUUUUGUUAUUUGGUUUUCAACUGCACAGAACUAGCUGCCGAUCUGAACACAUACCACAGUCAACCAUUGGGAUUGUCUAGGAGAACAGAAGUAAGAAUAACAUCAUGGCCUCAGCAGGCCUCCAGCUCCUUGCUUUCAUCCUGGCCUUGACUGGAGUCUCUGGAGUACUCACUGCCACUCUGCUGCCAAACUGGAAGGUUAAUGCAGACAUGGGCUCCAACAUUGUAACUGCUAUUGUUCAAGUGCAUGGGCUGUGGAUGGACUGCACGUGGUACAGCACUGGGAUGUUCAGCUGCACUCUGAAAUACUCCAUUCUGUCACUCCCCAUCCACGUGCAGACGGCCAGAGCCACCAUGGUCCUGUCCUGUGUUCUGUCUGCUUUGGGGAUUUGCACUUCUAUAGUAGGAAUGAAAUGCACUCACUUAGGAGGGGACAUACACACCAAGAGUCAAAUUUCCUUUGCUGGAGGAGUCUGCUUCAUCACUGCAGGGAUCUCUGGUUUAAUCCCAACAGUGUGGUACACCAAGGAGAUAAUAGUAAACUUUCUAGAUCUGACCGUUCCAGAAAGCAACAAAUACGAACCUGGAGGAGCCGUCUAUAUUGGGUUCAUUUCGGCAAUGCUACUACUUAUCUCUGGUAUUAUUUUCUGCAUUUCUUAUAUAAAAAGGAACCCAGAACCAUGGAUCUAUCCUCCCAAGCAGAAAUAUACCUCUACCUGGCAGCCAAAGAACAGGUUAGCACACAACCUGAAGGAUUAUGUGUAAAGGGCUGUGCAAUGAAUAUGCAGUGAGGCUUCUGGGAGACUGCUGAAACGUCAUUAGAAUGAAAAAAAGAAACCACACUUAUGCUUAACUUCUUGUACAAAAUAUUUAAAAAAAUAUGAGGUACUUUAAAAUGCCAACAAACUACCACAUACAAUUAUACGUCUUCAAUUUCUUUAUUUUCCCAUUAUUGUAUUCAUGUUUUAUUUAAAAAUAUGUAAUGGAAAGAGAGUCUGACUAUAUUAAUAAAGCAAUGGGUGACACCAUUAAUUUACUUUUAAAGAUAACAAUUUGAUAUAUCUUUUAGAUUAGUUUUUUCUUAAUUACAAAGUUCAAAAACAUUCUUGAUCAACACCGUCACCAAGGGAUGAUAAUCAAGAGUACCGUCCUCUGGUAGGUUUUUGUCCUCUGGUAGGCAAUGUCUGAGUAACCUGCUUCUGGGAUGUGGAGGAGACCCCAGAAACAGAGGAAAUGAACUCACACAGGCAUUGCCCAAGCCAUCCGCCCUAAGUCCCAACCUCCAUCCUAAUUUUUCAUAUGUUCUAGGUAAUAUCUGCAAACUAAGAUUAGAUAGAAUUAAUGAACUGGUAGAUGCUACAGUAGCAGCACAAAAAAGCCAAAUAUAAACACAAACUAAGAUAUGGUUCUUUUUUGGUACAAGUCAGGUACCAAGAGCCCUGACAGCUUUAAAUUAGCCCAGGACUGCCCUCUCUUUUGCACUUAGAAAACAGUUAAGUUCAUUUCUCCAAUUAUUUAGAUUUACCCCAUCUCAAUGAAUCUCACAUUUAUUACUAUUUGACUAAGUUACUUUUUUUUUCCUUUUGAGACUUCGUGGUUUUUUUUUGUUGGGUGGGGGAAGUCUUAUAGAUAUGUUCCACGAUGCUCAGCUUAGUCACUUGUCAUACUUUUUUCCUCAAAUUUAACAAAAGCACUAUUCUCUUAUAAAUGAGCAUCUUCAGCUAAUUAACAGAAGUAAAAUAAGUUUUAAAGUAUAAAGAAUGUUUUUAAAAC